CUAAGGUCACUCUCAUUCGGGAACUGCUCAGCGAGGGAGGAGGCCACAUUGUAGUACAGAGGAACCAAGGAAAAACUAUACAAACUCGAGCUUUCCAACAUGUCUCUGUCAAACAAGCUCACGUUGGAUAAAGUGGACGUUAAUGGAAAACGUGUGGUUAUGAGGGUUGAUUUCAAUGUGCCCAUGAAGGACAAGGCCAUCACGAACAACCAGAGGAUCAAGGCUGCACUUCCAUCCAUCCAGCACUGUUUAAACAAUGGAGCCAAAUCAGUGGUGCUGAUGAGCCACUUGGGCCGACCCGAUGGCGUCCCCAUGCCUGACAAGUACUCUCUGGAACCUGUGGCCGCAGAACUCAAGAACCUCCUGGGAAAUGGUUGCCGUUGCAGAGAUGUUCAGUUUCUGAAAGACUGCGUUGGUGCUGAAGUGGAAAAAGCCUGUGCCGAUCCUCCCGUGGGUUCCAUCCUUCUUCUGGAGAACCUGCGCUUCCACGUGGCCGAAGAGGGCAAGGGCAAAGAUGCUGCAGGAAACAAGACCAAAGCAUCCCAGGAGGAGAUCAAUGCCUUCAGGGCCUCCCUGUCUAAACUGGGUGACGUCUACAUUAACGAUGCCUUCGGAACUGCACACAGAGCCCACAGCUCUAUGGUUGGAGUAGAUCUGCCUCAGAAAGCUGCAGGCUUCUUGAUGAAGAAGGAGCUGGACUACUUCGCGAUGGCUUUGGAGAAGCCACAGAGACCAUUCCUGGCCAUUCUCGGAGGGGCCAAAGUCAAAGAUAAAAUUCAGCUGAUCAACAACAUGCUGGACAAAGUGGACGAGAUGAUCAUUGGCGGUGGCAUGGCCUUCACCUUCCUCAAGGUCCUCAAGAACAUGGAGAUCGGCACUUCCCUGUUUGACGAGGAAGGCUCCAAAAUCGUCAAGGACCUGAUGGCCAAAGCUGAGAAGAAUGGAGUCAAGAUCACCCUUCCUGUCGACUUCAUCACUGCAGAGAAGUUUGAUGAGAAGGCCACAACAGGAACAGCUUCAGUAGCUGAUGGCAUUCCAGCAGGGUGGAUGGGUCUGGACUGUGGGCCUGAGAGCUCCAAGCUUUUUACCGACGCUGUAGGCAGGGCUAAGCAGAUCGUAUGGAACGGACCCGUUGGCGUGUUUGAGUGGGAUAACUUCGCCAAGGGAACCAAGAACCUCAUGGAUAAGGUUGUGGAGGUGACCAAAAAUGGUUGCAUCACCAUUAUUGGUGGUGGAGACACGGCGACCUGCUGCGCCAAGUGGGACACCGAGGACAAAGUGAGCCAUGUGAGUACAGGAGGUGGAGCGAGUCUGGAGCUUCUGGAGGGAAAAGUGCUGCCUGGCGUCGACGCCCUCAGCAGCGUUUAAACAUCUGGCACAUGGUUUGCCGCGCGGUGGUCCUCCACCCUGAAGAGGCGCUAUACACUCAUUCAUUUCAAUCGUUGUACAGAAGCGGCAAAGACGAAUCUCAAUAUCUCAACGUUCCAGUAAACACACCUGUACUCUGCUUCUGAAACUCUGCUGGGUUUUCUUCUCCUGUUUACGCCACAUUAAUGUACCACCUCAGCUACACUCGUCACAGCGCCCUCUUCAGAUCGGCGUAAGGAAAACGGUGACCCUCAUAUUAGGAUCAUGUUCUGACCUGCUGAAAUGUUUGUGUUCGCGUCCUCUUUAAAGAUAAACAGUUACUCGUAUUCCGCUUAUAAAGAUAAAAAUAUGGUGUGCGACGUAACCGUAGUGUUUCUUCAUCACAGCUUAAAACCCAUGUUAGACUGUAUGUGAAACUGUAGACACUUUAUGUUGCACUUCUCGUCCUAGAGCUUGUAAAAUAAACAAGAUCAGAAGACUUGUGCGGUCUUUUGAUGGACUAUAAAUAAAAGUUUAAAACAUG